CUUUGCUCCUAGGGAUGUGGAAAUAAUCUGGAGGUUGAAAUGGAGUCGGUCCAGUACAAAGACAUGCGAUGGAAAAGGCGAUCGCUUGUAAUCUUUCUGUGUCAGAUUUCUUGGCCAGUAGCUGUUCUACUUUGGGGUCCAAGAAACUUUCCAUUUCGGUUACAAGUCUUCCGAUGUCCUGAGCACUUGAUAAAAUUCUUGAUCAGCUUGUAUUCCGGACUGGAACUGGCAGUGAAUGAAUUGCCAACCAUCUAACCAGAUAUUUAUAAUCGCUGAAAAUUUGAUUUGCUUCUAAAAAAGGGUAUGCGCUGUAGCAUCCAGAAGUCGCCGCGGAAGUGACAACAUCUCUCGCCCGUAACCUACGCGCACCGACCUCGAAUUUGAAAUUUAUUAUUUUGGCAUUGAAUAAUGUAAAAUCCCGCGAUUCCAACAUCUUGCAUUUUCAGAAUAAAUUUUCUUUUAUUAACGAUGAUGUAAUAGCUAUUAUCAACUGAUACCAAAGGAAAAAAGAAAUUUCUGAUAAAAUGGAGAGCGGAGGCAUUUUACAGGUCGCGGACACUGAGAUUCCUGCUUGAGACAAUAAAGAACUGAUUAAACAUUCUCCUGUUUAAAUUUGACUUCUUCAUUUACAGAAAUUACUCAUUCUGGCAUAAACAUAUGUGAUGUAAUAUGCAAAGAAAUAAGGUGCUGGCAAAACGCAGUUCUACUCUUUCCCCACCCUCCCCUCCCGUCACCCGACACACUCACAAAGGCUUGUGGUUACCAAAAACGGGUCAUCAUGAAGAAAUCUUCAUGUAUGGCCUAAUAAAGGUUUGUUUUCUCUCUGAGUGUUUGUCGAUGUUAUGGAAAGGGCGGCGACUUUCGAGUGUGGUGUUAAGUUCGUGUACGUGUGUUCAAGAGCGCUGAGACGAGUCACGUUUUCCUUGGUCGACUCAACGUGACCUUUUUAGGACAAGCACUUUGAAACAUAAACAAAAUCUCUUAAAACACUCUCGGCUUGUUCAACGGUUGGCCCUUUGACGGAAGUCAAUGACUUGUCUAACGAGGGAUUUUCCCUUUCAGUUGGAGUCAUGCGAUUGCCACCUAGCCACAGGAAUAAAACAUUUUGAUUUCCGAUUGGUGUGGGUGGGGGCGUUCAGAUUCAGCAAGAAAUUAUUUUUCUUUAGUAUUUUCCCUGGUAUGAAGUCGAGAUUACUAAAAAUGGCUAACUUGUACAUUCUAGGAAAGUGCAGUGUAAUCCUACAGAAUGAAUUGAAGGUUUUACUACAGGAAUAAUAAAAUCAACAAAUUAUAUACGAAUGAACUCGGUGGGCAAAAAUCUAAAGCGUGACAAAUGUGCUUUUUUCCACUCACAUAACUGUUUUCGUCAAAACAACCUUUAUCUUUGCCUCGCUAAAUUUAUUCCUAUGUUAUAUUUCCUUUGUUUCUGCUAAAAGCUUGUUUACUGGUAGUUAGCGAAAGGGAAAACGAAAGAAUUAGUGUCUUUUCAUAGACACGACGUAAUGUCACGCUACUGAGAUCUAGAAAACUCUAAAAGAUUCACCUCCCACCCACGCACAGCCUCGUUGCAAAGCGUGAGACACAAUGAGACUCCUGGAAACGAGGUUAAAUGUGAGCAAAACAACCAGCGGUUAACUUUUCAAGAAAGUUCCAAGAUGGACGACGUCGAAGACUUUUUUCGAUGGUUAGAAUUUCCUCGUAGCACUUUCUAAAUCGCGUUAUCAAAUCGACACAGACGGAACUAUUUAUUUUUGGUAUAGAUGUAUCGUAAGAUCUGAAAUCUUUAUGGAAAAGUUGAUGUUUGCAAAGCUGUGAUGGGGGUGAAAGGUCUUUGGCAGCUCUUGGAAUCUGUUGGCCGGCCAGUAACAUUAGAAUCUCUUGAGAACAAAGUUCUUGGAGUUGAUGCCAGUCUGUUACUGAAUCAGUCUGUGAAGGGAAUGCGUGACAAGCACGGAAACCCAGUUCCCAAUGCACAUCUGGUUGGCUUGUUCAGUCGUGUCUGCAAACUGUUGUAUUACAGGAUUAAACCAGUUUUUGUCUUUGAUGGUGGAGUCCCUCAUCUCAAGAAAAAGACACUGGCUGCAAGAAAGGAACAGAGAUUUAAAGCUAUCCAUAAAUCGAAUAGAGCUGCAGAAAAAAUUGUGAAAAAUUACUUGAAGGCAAAAGCUCUUGAAACUGUAACAAAAAGAACGAGGUAUGUGUACUUAUUGUGCAAGGCAAUUUAUCCUUUUUGUGAUUACCUCCCUAAUCUUCCCUUUUUCUUCAAUGCCACACUGAUCUCUAUUAGUAAUAAAAGGUUAAAUACAUUUUCACCAGAAGAUGAAGAUCUAGACACUCCUAUCUUGGAACAAUUCCGUAGCCAGCACUUGGAGGAAACUUUUCAGGAUCCCAGUGAAAUAAACAUUGAUUCAGAAGACUUCAAGGCAUUACCACCAGAAAUUCAACAUGAAUUGAUCAAAGAGGUACAAGCAGAGAGAAAGUGGAUAAGCAAGAAUAAUUUUCAUAUUUCAAAGCAAGCAACUGACUUUUCCAGCUUUCAACUGGAAGGAGUCCUAAAGCGAGGUAAAAUGAACCAGCGACUUGAAGAACUCUACAAAGAAAUGAAUGAACGACAUUCGGGAGAGCUGGCAGGAAUUGCGUCGGAAGACUCCGUUGGAGAAAACACUGCUGUUAAAUCGCAAAAGAUUUUGUCAGAAGACAGUUCGCACUAUAUUCUAAUAAAACGAAACGAAUCACAACAGGCUGACAAGCAGGAAACUGGUGACGAGGCAUGUUCAAAGGAUUUUUCCAAUGAGGGAGGUUUCUUCCGAGAAGGUCAAGACUGUGAAAUAAUAAGCUGGACAAAUCCACGCCCCAAGCCAUCAUCGGCAGCAAAAGUUCCAAGCUUUGAUAUUCCUGAACUUUGUUCCAGCGACUCGGAAAACUUGUCGCCUUUGUUGGAUGUGGCAGAAGCUUGUCUUUCGCCCACGAGUCCUCAAGCAAAGAAGAGUUCUUUUAGGUUUUCUCCAGUGAAGAUUAAAAAGUCACUUCAGAAAGCUUUGUUAGGGAAAUAUGAUAAUAUAGUGGAAAAAGAAGAGCUUCAAAAACAGAUUUCUCAAGGUUGUGACGACCUUGGAUCAAAACAUGAACCGGAGAAACGUGAUCUUCAAGAUUCUCACUUAGACCAGCUUCGUGGAAGAAGCAAUCCAGAAAGGGAGGUGAUCUUUGCGAGGGAUUCUGAUGAAGAUACCGAACUGCUGACUCAAAUUAAAGACAAGAAAAAAGAACUUGAUGAUCUUAUAAAGAAAUGGAAAAACUCAAAAUGUCAGAAAACUGUUAUUGAUUUAACGGCUAAUACAGGUGAUGGAAGUAAUAUUGCAGAAAAAAAAGAACUGCCCCUUGGCAAGUCGGAAAGUGUCGAGGUUACGGAAACCUUAGAAAAACAGCAGGAAUGCACCAAUAUUGAAGGAACAGAAAACAUGCAGACAGCUUUAGUUAUUGACGAGGGGACGAAGGGACAAGAAAAAGUUGUAGAUGCAGUGUGUAUUAGUGAAAGUGAAUCUGAAGCUAGUUCAGUGGAAGAUGUGACAGCUUUGGUCAAACAAGAAGAUGGUGUUGUUGAAGAUAGAAAGAGUAAUGUUUCUAUGCAAGAGGUUGAAAUCACGAUCUCAGCAGAUGCUACUAACGAUGUUGUCAAAGACAAAUCGAAUGCUGUUUCUUCUGAUGCUUUACAAGAAGUUCAAACCACACGCACAGAAAAUGCUGUGAUUGAUGUCGCUAAGGAUAAACAGAGUUUUGUUUCGCCAGUCCAAAGCACGCUCUCAACAGAUGUAACCACUGAGGAAGAUCAAGACGAUUUACAUCUAUCUGGAACGCAGAAAGACGCUCAUUUAGAUAUAAACGCACAAGAUAAUGAAGAUAUGUCAGUUAUGGAAAAACAAGACUCCUCGGAAGAAGGGAGAGUUAAGAUGGAUGUUGAUGAGCCUGUGGCGGGACUGUCUGGUCUCCCUGUGGAAUGGCAGGGUGCCACAGUGGACGAGUUGGAAGACAUUCGAAUGGAUCUUGAAUCGGAGCAGAAAUCUCUAGCGUCAGAACAAGCCAGACAGAACCGUAUAGCGGCCACUGUAUCCAGUGAGAUGUUCGCUGAGUGUCAGGAACUUCUCCAGUUGUUUGGUGUCCCGUAUCUUGUGAGCCCUAUGGAGGCCGAAGCCCAGUGUGCAAUGUUAGAUGUGCUCGGGUUAACACAAGGCUCCAUCACGGACGACAGUGAUAUAUUCUUAUUCGGCGGCAGACGAGUCUACAAGAACAUUUUCAACCAGAAUAAACAUGUGGAGAUGUUCGAAAGCGAUGCGGUCCAGAGAAAUCUUGCGCUAGACCGUUCUCGACUUAUCUGCAUCGCUUUCCUCACCGGAAGUGACUAUACUGAAGGCAUACCAGGUGUUGGCGCAGUUAGUGCUAUGGAGAUUUUACAUGAGUUUUCUGGCGAGCGGCUUGAAGGACUCAAGAAGUUCAAGUAAGUUGAAAUCUUUGUGCAGCUUGAACCCUAUGAAGGCAACUAGUUUUGAAAAUUGAAGAAUACAAAGGGGUGGAAAAGUCAAUUAUUUCGUUUCUACAGCUUCGUUCUGUUGGAGUCUAGGGAUCAGCUUGUCACAAGGGUGUUUCUUCAGGUUUUUGUCUCUCUUUUUCCUGCGUGAAUCUUUUGACGAUCAAUCAUGUCUUCAUAUCUUUCUCUGCAGUUCAAAUAUGUGAUCUUUCA